GGCUGGUUAGAGGGAGGUGGAAAGACACUCGGCAUCAAUGAAGUCAAAGGUGGAUUGAAUCUAAUAUAAGGAGGAUGUGAGCGGCGGAUCAAUAACCGAGAGAGCGGCAGGAUAACAGACAGAAUCAGAGAACAGCUGUGGUGGGCUUGGAAGAGCAACAGUCAGAUAUCCAGCAUGCGUGCUCUGGUGGUUUUGCCUCUGCUCUUGUGCGCAGUGGUGUGUGUGGAUCAGGUGAGAGCGCAAGUGACGGCAAUGAAGCUGUGCGGUAAGCAGUUAAUCAACGCCAUCUCCUACACCUGUGGAGCGUCCCGCUGGAGGAGGUUCUUCAGCGAGCCAGACGUGGAUGGGGAGCAGAGCAGCUUGGAGAAGUUCAGCAGUUUGGCCUCAGAGAUGACCAAACGGGAUAAUAACAUCUUCCUGGCCAACAUGUGCUGUCAGGUGGGCUGCAGGAAGACCGACCUCGCCCACUUCUGCUGAGGACAAUCCUCUCACUUUUGUUGUUGUUAAAGUGACUAUAAUGACUGUGUACCUUGCUAAGAACCAAAUCUGACUCACGUGGCGAACUGUUAUGAUCUCUGUGCAACUGUUAAACUUUGUGGAAGUGAAUCUGGAUGAGCAUCUCUGAACAUGUUCCUGAACCCGAGCUGUACAUGUGCGACCAUAAAUAAAUGUUUUAAAAUCAGUUGUCUUUCUUGCAACCUUCA